GCUAUUAGCGUGCUUCCAAAGGCAUUUCCCUUCGCGCCGUGACCGGCCCAUUGACGCACGUCCUGGCUCGAACUUGAAAUACUGUCAUUUGUUUGGCCUUUGUUUGCACAUAUGGCGAGUUCCUUCGUUCGUUGAGGACACUGACCUAAUGUAGCACUGUUGAACAGGAGACAGUUCAAAGGGUCGACAUGCAUCUUGCACAACUUGCAAAUCUGCGUUCACUGCCUGAACGCAGGCGACAUGAGCAGGCAAGCAUGAUCAGACUCUCGGUUUUGCGUGGGAGAACGCGCAGCUCGGAUGAUCACCACGGGUUGAAUUCACAGCAAGAGCGUGCUUCAACUGAGUGUCAGGUAGAGAGACAUGCAGAUGGUACCCAGAGAUGGAGUGACGAGGUAUGGAACCUUUUCAUCUGCAAUCGCGAUGGAUGCAGAAAUCUGAUCUCAUGAGUUGAUAGAUCAGCAUGACGAUACCCAAGAUCUACGUGACAGUGGAGCCUUCGGAGUCGGAGAAGGUGGUUUAUCUUCCAAUGGCACCGAUUAAUUCGCAAGCUAAACCUCGUGGCAGAAUCAUGUUGCACUUCCAGCUUACGAACGGCGAAGAUGCAGAGAUUCAGCUCGAGCAAGUGACAGUGUCGUUCCCUCAGUCUUCUGUCAAAACCGUGACUCGAGCCAUCAACAGAACUCUCCAUGCAGCAGUGUCUCAGUCUUGGUGGUUUCAAAACCCCGAGGACCACAUCGUUUUUGACCUCCCUGCCCCGAGUCAAAUAAAGUUCUCAUUUCAAUGCAAGGGCUUCCCAGAGCCGAGAAACUUCAUGUUCGGCCUCGACCUUGCUCCACAUGUCAGCCCAGUUCAGGGUGGAGCUUACUUGUUUCCGGGCCAAUGCUUGGAACUUGCAGUCGGGGAGUUUUGGAAAUUGAAUGGCUGCAGUCAUGGAGUGGGAGACCAUGGCAAGCAGAGCUUUGGUUACGACAUGGGUGUUUGGGGGGCGAACCACGAUGAGGAGAAGACUUACGGUUGGGUGCACCCCGACAAAGACGACGAGGAGAACUGCAAUUACCGCGUCUGGGGAAAGUCGGUGCUAGCUAUGGCUGAUGGCAUUGUGCUCGAGGCAUUGAAUGACUGUCCGGAUAAUCCUGUUCCUUUAAAAUGGACCAGCGCAGAAGAACUGAGCAGGAAGAUGGAGAGCCAGAGGGAGAAAUAUUGGGGCAGGUUUGCGAAUGGGGCUGAAGGCAACCAUCUCUACAUUCAGCACGGAGAUGAGGUGAUACUCUACGGCAACCUCCAGCAGACCUCGCUCAACCCAGCAUUGCUAGCACCGGGAUCGGUCGUGAGAGCGGGUGACUAUCUCGGCCUCGCCGGCAAUGCCGGAAAUUCAACCUCGCCGCAUCUGCACAUUCAUGCUCAAAAGGGCAACGCGCCGAACGCUGGACCCCUGAGGCCUAUAAUAUUUCGCAACUGCUUCACUAUCGAUGAAGCCAGCAUCACGACCUCGCGACCACGAGGAUUCUGGGUGAAGAUAGAGCAGAAAGGCCUACCGGAAGGGCCUGCGGACAAGCGAUACGAAGGGCACUGCCUAGUCUGGCCCAGCGAGGACCCGCCACGAUGGCCGGAGGUGAUCCGGCUCUCAGUCAUGGAAUCGGACUAUCAAUCGCUCUUCAAGGACAUGUCGGCGCACGGGCUGAGACCCAUCGCCAUCAACGCGUACAACAUCGGAAGGCAAACCUUCUUCAACGCCAUUUUCCGCCCAAUCGCAGGAACGAGCUACAUUUGCAAGCACGGCCUGGACGGCAGGCAGUACCAGCACGAAUUCGACAAGUGGGUCAACAAGGGCUUCCGGCUGCUGCACAUCGAGAGCUACUACAGCCACUGCAGGAACAAAAUCUGCUACGCGCCGCUCUUCAUCAAAGCGCCGGGGCCGAGCUUCAUAGCGUACCACGGCAAAACCAUGGAGGAGCACGAGGAGCUGCUCAGCGAUUACUCCACGACCAAGGGCCUGGUGCCGGUGAUCAUCAGCGUCGUGUCCGUGGGCGACGACCGAUACUACACGGCGGUGUUCGAGAAGGAGGACGAUGUGAGCUACCUGGCGGCGCAUUCGAGGAUGAAGCCCGCCUACUACCAGCAGCGAUUCAUCGACCUCACGCGCAAGGGCCUCAGCAUGGCCUAUCUCAAUGUCUACUCGCACCUCGACGACCUCAAUUUCGUGUGCAUCUGGUACGCGCGCGACGAGCCCUCGCGCUUCUUCGCGCUCCAUCACCUCGACGAGGACGAGCUCCGCGACCUCGUCGUCGCCCAGCGCAAGGCCAACCUCACUCUCCGCUCCGCCGCCGGCUACGAGCGGCACGGCACCGCCAACUUCGCCGCCGUCUGGAGCUAGCUAACUAAACUAGCUAGCCGAGAAAGCGCCUCCUGUUCCGAAGCCGGUCUCAGUCCGUCCAUUUCAGCGCCCGUCGGCAUGCCCCUUUUCGGCGCCGAGUGGGACUGCGCCUCGUCGCGCUGGAAGGCCGAGUAUGACGUGCCGCUCGCGGUGCCGCGAUGUUACUGGCUCCGUACCCUGCGGACCCGAACUUGGAGAUGGGGUUCGAGUUUACGAAGUCCUCCGUGUGUUCAAUCGGCCUGGGCGGGUUCUGUUCUGGAUGCUGUCCUUUUGAUGCCACGUCACGUCGGCUUGGAGCAGACGACCUCAGUAACCGCCCAACUCAGGGAAGUCGUGGGAUUUAGUUGUAGCCAAGCUGCCGACGUAACCUAACCGAGCCACACCACUACACGAUCCUUGGACAUGACUAGUAUGUUAACUAUGGUUCAAAUUGAACCACAAAUCAGGUUAGGCUAAUGCCGCUGAUCGUACUCGGGGAGUACUGGCAUUUAUAUUUUAGAGUUUAGUCGCGUGUCGCGCGUAUUGUCAUUGUUGUAAAUAGCAGAACACCCGUGAAUACACUUCCGUGUCUUAAAGUUGCACGAAUUAGAUAUAUAUUUACGAUGAUCCCAAAGGACGAGAAGACAGGCAAUUAUUCCAAACUGAACAUGUAUGUUUAGAUUACGAAUGCGCAAAACAACAAUAACUUGCAUAUUUGUAUGCGCACAAGCACAGUAUGAAACUAAAAUAAAGAGAAAACACUUUGUUACCAUCUAC